GUCUCCUUUUGAAGUAGAACAGAGUUAGCUACUUCCAUUGUUUGACACAUCCCACAUAAAAAUUCUCCAUUUUGAUAUUCCCUUUCCCUAUAUAGUCUCUCUUCUUUAUAAACAGAAACCCACUUCAAUUUUUCAGUACAUUCUUAUUCCUUUAUACACCUAUAAACUUAUCUUCAAGGUUCACAGAUUCUUUCUUUUGUUCUUGAUGUAUGAUCUUUUUGCUAAAUUUUCACUUUUCUGCUUCUGGGUUUUCUUGUAGUAACUUCUUUUAGCUAUUAUGUUGAAAUGGUCGUGAUACUGGUUUUCAGAUUUCAACUAUUACUGUGAACUGGGGAUAGUGAAAUGUGAACUAGUUGAAUUUGACUGGGUGGACUUUUUUAGUGUUUGUUUCUUAGUUUAUCAAUCCACCAGGUCUUUCUGUUCUCUUAAUUUCUUGUCUCUAGAAUAGAUUGUUAUAAGGUUUCUGGGUUCUUUUGGAAAUUUCAGAAGUACAUGUACUUGAAGAAAUUGGAGAUCAUGAGGUUUAGUAAGGCUUAAUGUGAUUUCGUGUAAAAUCUUACAAUGGCAAAGAAGACUUGCUGGUUUGGUUGGUUCAAGAAGCUAUUUGUCUCUGAGGAAAAAACAAAUAAAGAAAAGAAAUCUAAGAGGUGGAGAUGGAUUCCUUAUGUAAGAAUAAAGUUUAACCAGCACCCUGCACUUCCAUCACCAGAAAGGACAUUUGAUGAAGCAUCAGAAAAGCAUAGAAAAUAUGCAAUGACUGUUGCCCUUGCAACAGCAGCUGCAGCUGAGGCUGCAGUUGCUGCCGCUAAGGCAGCAGCAGAGGUUGUCCGCCUUACCGGUUCUUCCCAGUCUCUUCAUUAUUUCACCAAGGCAGAUCAACAUUUGGCUGCCAUUAAGAUACAGAGUGCUUUUCGCGCUUAUCUUGCAAAGAAAGCUUUGCGUGCAUUAAAAGGAUUGGUGAGGCUUCAAGCAAUUGUCCGUGGACAAGCAGUAAGACGCCAAGUAGUCAUGAAGUUGAAGCAUUUGCCAUCCAAUACAAAGAUGCGGUCACAAGGACAGGCAAGAAGCAUUCAUAGCAUAGACGAGAUUUGUAAAGAUGAUAAAUACAAAGGUUUCAAGUCCAAAGAUUCUGGAGACAUGGAGAGUAAGGGGAAGAAUCAAAGACAAGAUUCACAAUUAGUUCAGAUGCUUGAAUGCAAAAGCCAAAGAUGUUGGGACUACAGCAUGCUUUCAAAGGAAGACAUGGAAACCCUAUGGACGAAAAGGCAAGAAGCUACUACGAAAAGAGAUCGGAUGAUGAAAUAUUCAUUUUCACACCGGGAGAGGAGAAGCACUCAAAUGCUGGAAGAAUCAGUACUCCACAAGGAAAUUGGUAGACAGAGCCACUGGUGGGAAGAAUUUGCAGAGAAAGAGGCAUAUAUUAAAGAAGGAAUGGAAAAUGUAAAACCAGUUCCCAUUUCUAAUCUGUCAACUGGUGAUAUAUUGGGGGCAGUACAGGUUAAAACAAGAAAUACACAAAAACAAGUUUCCAUAGAAGGAUUCAAUUCACCAGUGUCAUUUCCAAGAAGAUCUUUUUCUCGCACUCAACGGAGUAACAUAGGAAAUGACAGUUCCAUCCCAAAUUCUCCAGUUUUUCCAACUUAUAUGGCUGCAACAGAAUCUGCUAAGGCGAAGUCAAGGUCGAUUAGCACACCAAGGCAACGAAUAGGUAUUCAGGAAGUUUUCUUUGAUCACAGCUUGUCACAAAAGAAUGGACCUUCUUUCUGGUCUUCUUAUGAUGGUGAGUUGUUCAGCACUAGUGGAAAGAGUGGUGCUUCUCAGAGUAUUCCUGUAAACGUAAAUGGACACUACUGAGAUGCCAGCCCUUCUGAAAGGACUUUCUGCAAAAAAGACUGCUUAAGUAUUUACUUGAUCAGUCAACUUCUAACAAGAUACUGAAGUAACUUUGAGAUCCGGUCAUUUGAGGCCUCCAUAGAAAAACAACACGACCAAAGUAACUCGAGUGAUCCAUUGAUGCCCUGAUUGACGAGGAAAGCUCGAAAGUUUUCUUUUCUUCUUUUGAGAGCUUAUUUCGAUCGUUGAUGUUCAUAUUGAAUCACAUGAUUGGUUUUCUUUUUUUAUUUAAUUGUUCCGUUUUAUUUUGACAAGAAGAAGCGCUUGGUCUGUGUUUCUUGGGAAGGUUUUUCAUGUGGAAUUGGUAUGCUUAAAAAGUGCUAAAAUACUUGCUAUCAGAAGUGUAAAGUUUGGCUUGCAUUUAAAGUGCUUUCAGUUUGAGACUCUUGUUUACAUAUGUACAUCAAAUUUUGAAAUGAGAGUGCAAUGCUGUGAAUUGAGUUUCCAGCCAUUUCUAUUA